AUGUCUUCGCGACAGACGUCCCCGCAGUCCUCCGAAAGGACUCCUCUUCUCUCGAGGCCGGAAGACGAUGCACGAUCGAACUACUCGCAUCAGGCCAAUGGCGAGGUUCUGCCUUCGAUAUCGGACUCUUCAGAGACACCAAGCGCAAAAAAGCAGAAGAAAUGGCCUACCAUCGUAGCGUUGACGGUGCUGUGCCUGGCCGUGGUGUUGAUAUGUUUUGGACUUACUCUCCCAUCGGUCAUCGAGGAAUAUGCGAAAGAAAGUGUCGUUUUCGAGCCGACUAGACUGUCGAUCGACUCUUUUACCAGCUUCGGCGUUCGCGCCAGAGUGGAAGGCGAUUUCUAUAUGGACGCUUCGAAAGUCCGCAACGCAGCAACGAGGCGCCUGGGAAAAUUCGGCACCUGGAUCGCAAAGGAGGUCAAGAGCGGACAAUCUGAAGUCCACGUAUAUCUACCACAAUAUGACAACGUCCUGCUAGGCACCGUCACAAUUCCUCCGGUCAGGCUCAAUAUUCGCAAUCAUCAUUACAACCAUCUUGAUAUCUUUGCUGAUCUCGAGCCUGGCGACGUGGACGGUGUGCGCAGACUGGCGAAGGAUUUUAUAGAUCACAAGCUCGACCAAGUCAUCGUCAACGCUGUGGCGACUGUUCCGGUCCAGAGUGGUCUGAUCAAACUGGGCAAGCAGACAGUAUCACAGACUCUGCAAUUUCAAGGAAAAGAUGUGCCGAAAGUGCCCCAACCUGAUCUUCACGAACUUCGAUUCGCCGACUACGGCUUGCCUGGACACCCCGAAGGCGUCAAAGCUAUGGCAGUGGUGUCUGUGAUGAAUCGUUAUCCCAUCAAUUUUGACGUCCCUCCUUUAGCCUUUGAGGUACUCCUACCCGACUGCAAUCAAGAUUAUCUCCUCUUGGGGACGGCCAGUACCGACAUUAUCCAUAUAUUGCCCAAACAAAAUAUCAGCGCAAGUGUGGUCGGUCUAGUCAAGCAAUUACCAACUUCUCUAACCGAAAUUUGCCCUGGCUCGAAGUCGUCGCCGUUGGAUAGCUUCGUGGGCGAUUACCUUGCUGGACGGGACACCACUGUUUACAUCCGUGGUGCUCAACAAGAUGCAAACACGCCUGCAUGGAUUGGCAAGAUACUCCAAGACACAAUGGUGCCAUUUUCCAUGCCUGGUCACCCUUUCGACAACCUGAUCAAGAACUUCUCUCUGGCCGAUGUGCAGUUUUCCCUCCCCGACCCGAUGACAGAAUCAUAUCCGAAAUUGUCAGCAGUCGUACAGGUUCUGGUCGGAUUACCAGCUGAGAUGAAUGUCAAUUUGGAUGUUAAUAGAGUGAAAGCAGAUGGGCACGUCUUCUACAAGGGUGAAUUGUUAGGAAGACUGGAUCUAUCUAAGUGGCAAGCGGCGAAUGCCACUAAAGUGGAUGGGGAUCUCUUGAUCCAGUCGAUUGUCAAGGAUGCGCCCCUGGAAAUUCAGAAUGACAGCCUCUUCUCCGAGGUGGUACAGGCCUUGGUAUUUGGCCAUGGAGCGUCGCUCGGAGUGCAGGCGACUGUCGACGUCGACACUUCCACUGCUCUCGGAGAGUUUGAGGUUCGGAGGAUCCCAGCCAAAGGCGAGAUCUUCAUCAAGCCAAUGCGUGGCGGCGACUUCGAGAUGCCGCAACCCGAAGUCAAAGGUUUGGAAAUCGUCGACUCAACGGAGACGUCAUUAACUCUGCAGGCAAGGGUUAAUGCGACGAAUCCUACCGACUACUCGGCAACCAUCCCCUAUUGCAACGUCAGCAUUUAUGUGAACGAUACCCGGGUUGGAUAUGCAUGGGUAUCUAAUCAACACAUCGUCCCGGGCGCCAAUGAUCUCACUGCAAGAGCAUCUUGGGAGACGGGCAAAAUUGGAUCCGAAUGGCUCUCUCAAUAUAUUUCUGGAUAUAACACCACUUUGACCAUAAAAAGCCAUCCUGGAUCGAUCCCGAAUUUUCCUGAUAUCAAGAUGGAGAUGACGGUACCGACUCCACACAUGAUAUCCCACCCUCUAAAGGAGACCACGAUGCAUCUGUUUUCUUCCACGGCGACAUUUAUUCUGGUGUCGCCGCUUGCGUUUUACGUCACGAGCAUUGCUGCCUCUGCCUACUACAAUGGCUCCGAAAUCGGCACAAUAGAAUACGAGUAUCCUUUCGCGAUCGAGCCCGGCGAGAAUCUGACUCCUAGACUGCCUGUCGAAUGGGGCGGCAAUGCCUUGGGCACCAUCAGAGACGCUCUCGGUGGGACGUUAAAAUUGGACGCCAGAGCCGACAUGGGGGUACGGAUGGGGCGAUGGCAGGAAAACCUCUGGUUUGAAGGGAGAGGGCUGGGAGCGAAGAUUAGACUAUAA